CGGUACUUCCCUGACACCAAAGAAUGGGACGCUUUUUGCUGCAGUGUGCCGGAGCAAUGUGCGUUUCCCAUGACGCCUUCAGUCUUUUCUGGAAGUGAGCUGCGCUCUAUGGCAUUCUAUGGGGGCCGAUGCCCUUGGUUGCACCAGCAAAUAGUGAUUGGCACUGGCAGUGCCUUGCAUGAUCACACCUUUCAGUUCAGCUCAGGCCUGUCCUUGUCAGAAAUGUUGUGAGAGUGCAGACAGGGGAAGCUACUUUGGAGAUGAGCCCGUGGUUCCGAUAUUUGGAGAUGAUUUUGAAGCGCUGUCAAUGCCGCCCGUCGUCCCAAGCAGGUCCGUCCAUGAUUUGUCGCCGUCAACUCCAACCUCCAGAGCCUCGAAGACACCAAAGAUCUCACCGCGGAUUUCACAUGUUGAGGUCUGCUCGGAGGAUGGAGCAAGCUCACGCAUGGAGAAGCAGGACCCUGUGGUGAUGGAAGCCGAGUUUGAUUUUUAUGAUCCGCUGUCCAAAAGGGCUCAGGUCAUGCCAUUGGUAGCUGAAGUCCAGCAUCAUCGGCCAGGAGCCAGACAGCAUUUCUCCAACAACCCUGCUGAUUUUGGACACCAACUCUUAGCACCUCCAGAUUUCCAGCCAUCAGAAGCACUGACUCCCAAGUCGCGUGCACGGAACGAAGUCGAGGUGGUGACCAGGUGGGGUGUCCUGUCCGGCAAAUUGAUAUUUUCAAAAGUGCUGACCCUGACUACAAUGAGCAGUAUAUUUGUGGUACGUGCUCAACAGGUGAGGCUUGAGAAGAACUCUCGUGUUUGGAGACGGAUCGAAGCAAGAGCUCGUCGUGCUGUCAGCCAAGCUGCUUCAUUGGCAGCUCGUGUCGUAAAGGAGAGAAGUGAUAUGUACCAUGGAGAAUGGCGAUGCAGUGAAGGUGGGGCUUUGUCUGAGCUCUUCACUUCGGAGUAUGUUGACACGUUGAUGAUCCUUGCGAAAGCGAGCGCCAAGCUGCUUGCGUUGCAGCCAGUGCUUGCGGAGGCUAACGUGCCCUGUAGAAUCUUUGGUGACAUCCAUGGGCAGCUACGAGACCUGUUGCUCUUUUUUGCUGCCUUUGGCUUUCCCGGCAGCACGGAAGACUCGGCAGAUGAUGAAAUGUCGUAUGUCUUUAACGGGGACUUCGUUGACAGGGGCGCCCACUCAUUGGAAGUGAUUGGGAUUCUGCUGGCUUUGAAGGUAUCCAUGCCGGACAGAGUCUGGCUGGUUCGAGGAAACCACGAAGAUCGGACCAUGAAUGCGAGAUACGGUUUUCUCGAGGAGUGCGAGCUUCGACUGGGAAACAAUUUUGGUCGGAAGACCUAUGACUUGUUGCAGAAUGCCUUUGAUCAGCUGCCGUUGGCGUGUGUUGUUGGCGGCAAAAUCUUGUGCGUGCAUGGUGGCGUUGGUGACGGGAGGUGGGAUUUGAAUGAUUUGAGAGCUUUGCGGCGCCCAUUGGGACAGCAGGAGCUAGGCUGCGCCAAGCUGCGUUGGGUGAACAACAUUCUGUGGUCCGAUCCUAUUGAGGAUGAUCGGGAAGAGAGGUCCCAAGAAGAAUCAGGUCCAGUCUUCGGUGUGCAUGAGUCACCUCGCAACACAACCGCCGUCCUCUUUGGAUGGGAUGUGACCAAAACCUUUUGUGCGCGAAAUGGCCUCGCCAUGGUUGUUCGAAGCCAUCAGUCAAAAAAGAAUGGACAUGGCUUCGACUUGAUGCAUGAUGAAACCCUGGUCCGAGUCUUCUCAGCGAGGGACUACGAGGGGCACUGCAAUGAUGGGGCGGUUCUCCUUGUCCGACCUGGUGAAGGCAGUUUGGGCUGCGAGCGGCCUUCCUUCAUGUCGGUGAGGGCGCAAGUGCUGGGAUCCUAUGCCAAGGCGCAGGGGCUGGUUGCUUGACAUGGUCUGCGCGAUUUGGCAGUCAGCGAUAUCUUGGCACAUGCUGCUGAUAUCCUGGACUUUGCACCAGCUGAACUGCUCACAAUGUAAAGUGCUGCGGCUCUCAAGCCUUUCCAGAGUGUUUUCAUCAAAGAUGAACAUACACCUCGCUUGAUUGUAAAAUCAGGUCGUCUUACCAUGCGUAAGAGAGUGUAUAUAUAUAGUAAGUUCUACAAUGUAUUGUAUACUCUCCCGAAUCCUAUAAUUCCUUCGGCCAAAGGCAGGAAUUUGGACAGAAUUGAAAGACCCCGCUCCUUCGGCACAGAAGCUGCUACUGUAGAGCGGAGCGGCUCUUGAGCAAAGCCUCACAAAUGCCUCCCCGAAUCAGGGAGGUUAAGCUGUAGAAAGGAAAACGUGUUGAAAGUCCAAGCAAGCACGUCCUUGUUGAGGACAUUAGUAGCGAUGGCCUCCAACCUAGCGAUGGCCACCAACCUAA